AUGCCUUCAAAUAAUAACUCCAGCCUUUCACAGCAAACUCAGUCAAAUCUGGUCCAAGUGAACGGGACAUGGACCCGACAAACUGAACAGUCCCAGCCGGCAGAGGGAAAGUUAUCAGAUGCUAAAAUCUAUGAGAACAAGUCAGAACAUGGAGUUUCCUGGACAGUCGUCAGCCCCAUUGUAUUCACCUAUAGGGUCAUUCAGUGCAAAAACAUAAUGGAUCCCAGAAAUGACACAUUGCUCUGGGGUCAUAUAGGAGAUGAAGACCUUAAAUGCACCAUAAGUAACUCCAAACCCAUUAAACGUUUUGUUGUCAUAGAUGACACUGUUAAUCAGCUGUACGGCCCCCAAGUCACUAACUACUUUGCAGCCAGAGAAGUGGUUUACAAAAUUCUCCCUCUGCCCACCACUGAAGAGAACAAAUGUAUGGAGUUAGUGACCAAGAUCCUGGAGGAAGUUCACAAGUUUAGUAUUGAUAGACGCUCUGAGCCGAUCAUAGCCAUCGGUGGUGGGGUGUGUCUGGAUAUCGUGGGUUUGGCAGCAUCUCUCUAUCGCCGGAGGACUCCGUACAUUCGAGUGCCGACCACUUUUCUGUCCUACAUUGAUGCCAGUGUCGGGGCAAAAACAGGGGUCAACUUUGCUGGUGGCAAAAACAAGUUGGGGAGUUACGUCCCACCAGUGGCCACGUUCUUAGAUCGCUCAUUCUUCCAAACUCUCCCACCGCGCCAGAUCUCUAAUGGGAUGGCAGAGAUGUUGAAGAUGGCCUUGAUGAAGCAUCGUGGCUUGUUUGAGUUGCUGGAGGCUGAGGGUAGGAUGCUGCUGCAGUCCAAGCUGCAGUCCUGCGAGAGCAGCAACAACUCUGAACAAGAAGACAGUGCCACAGCAUCCACCCGCAUCGCCAUAGAAACCAUGCUGGAAGAACUGGCUCCCAACUUGUGGGAGGAUGAUCUAGAUAGACUGGUGGAUUUUGGUCACCUCAUCAGUCCUGAAUUAGAAAUGCGAGUGUUGCCAGCGUUGCUUCAUGGGGAGGCGGUCAAUAUUGACAUGUCCCUCAUGGUAUAUGUGGCCCACCAGAGGGGGCUGCUGACAGCAGAGGAGAAAGACCGCAUUAUCCAGUGCAUGCUGGGCCUAGAGCUGCCUGUGUGGCACCAGGACUGUUCUCUAGACCUGGUGCAGAAGUCCCUCAGGGAGCGUCUGAAGCAUUCUGCAGGCUCUUUGAGGAUGCCUCUUCCCACAGGACUGGGACAUGCAGAAAUCUUCCAUGACAUGAUUGAAGAUAACAUCCUUUGCCAAGCAUAUCAGAAGUGGACGGAUGAGCUUGCUUCUUCUGGGAACAAAUAA